CGAGGGGCAAGGUAAGAAAUGGCUGGUAUUUUGCUAAAAUAUAGAAUGCAGGCAUAAAAUAAUGUUACUUGAAAGAUACAACUUUCCUUUCCUUUGCACAAAACCUGCCUUCUCUGCCAAGAAAACUUAGAAGCCCUCUACUCUAAAGAUAGAUGAUGGGCUUGGUAGGCUGAAGAACUUGAACAAGGUGGGAAUCUAGAAUAUUGAAAUGUUCAUCAUAGUUGGUUUCCAGUUGCCUUCUAUGAAAGUUUUGCCUCAGUCAAGAAACCAACAAAAAAUACAACCUCAUAUAUCCUAAACCAUGGCUCUUGUGUUGCAUGUUCUCUAAGAUUUUGAUCAUUUGUAAUGGAAGAGCAAGAGGAUAAGCAACAGCUUCCCCAAAGGAUUUCCCUUGCUCAUGUUGAACAGGUGAACUCAGAUUUGAUCAUGGCCUUGGCAAUGCAGCAGCAGGAGCACGAGAUGGCCUAUACGAUGCUCGAGACCAUUGAAAGUGAUAGCGAUGAAGACGAAAAUUCAGAUUCCAACAGCAACCAUGGUCUCAAUACCAAUGCCUCCUCACAAAGGCAAGAACUUCUUUCCCGGUGGGCUUUUCUAGAAGAUGACGAGGAGACUGCCGAUGAAAAUGAAGAUAUGGAAGAAGACGAAGAUGGGGAUUUUGAGGAUUUUGAUUUGGAUGAGCUAACUUAUGAGGAGUUGAUUGCAUUAGGGGAGUUCAUUGGAACAGAAAAGAGGGGCCUACCGAUAAACGAAAUACCUUCAUGCUUGCACCCGAGCAAGUUUCAAACCAUCGAAAACAGAAGCGGUAUAGAUCGGUGUGUGAUUUGCCAAGUUGAAUACGAUGAAGGCGAAGAAUUGGCUGCUCUUCCUUGUGAGCAUCCUUACCAUUCAGAAUGUAUAGGCAAAUGGCUUCAAAUCAAAAGGGUUUGUCCAAUAUGUGGUACAGAAGUUUCAUCCCCUAAGGGUUCUAAAAAUGCCUAAUCUCUUUAAAAUUGGUGAUACUUCUAAUUGCAAAAAGGGGAAAAGGUCCAGAUAAAUGUUCGUGAUUCGUUCAUUUAAUUGAAAGGAACUAGAUUGUCACAAACUAUAAAGUACAUGGACUAAAUCUUCUUGUCGGCUCUCUUCGAUGCUAGCAACCGCGUUUGACCCUUUUCCGCGGUGCUCGUUUGCGCGCGCGUGAACCAACCCAACAAACAAGGAAAGGAUGCCUCUCGGCUAAAUAAGAAAUGUUCAGACUGAUGAAGCCUAUCGGAAAAGAAAAACGAGGAUGAUCGUCUGAAAAAAGUAAGUAAGCGGGGUUAUUUCUUUCUUCCUUCCUGCUGUCCCAUUUAGUUGAAUAUACGGAGAAGUAAUAGGUAGGAAUGACAGGAUUGGAACCCGUGACAUUUUGUACCCAAACAAAAAGGCCUCGACAAAAGCAUCGCCUUUGGGUUCGGCUUCUGAAGUCGCGAGGAGCGCGGUCUUCGAGGCCUUGCUCCCUUGUCUUUGUCCUUUGGGUUCUUGGGGACUGAAUCUCCUCCUUAUCGAAUUUCGCCGGCGAGAUGAGUCUGGGGACCUUUAGGACUAGAAAAAAACUAAGUAGAAGCUAUCGGUUGGCUUGCGGGUGGGUAUAUACCCUGAAACACAAAGCUGAUGGCUCUAUCGAGACGAUUGAAAGGUGACUGAAACACCAGAAACGGCGACUAAGGUGAUGCCGUUUGGUCUAAAGAAUGCCGGGGCGACCUACCUGCGAGCCAUGACUGUCAGGUGGGGUACCCCGAUGGAGACACGAGGCUCAAUUUAGCUGCGAGCGAAGCAGCUCGACCGAGAGGGAGAGGGAGAGGGCUCGUUGAGGAAUGGCGGGACUGAUUGACCCAAUACCAAAAGAAGGGAGCCGCGAUUGAGGCUAUCACGAACGCCUGCGAGAAUGAGGAGGCGACCGAGCUAUAAGAAAAGAAAAAAUUCAUUUCUUAACAGAAUCUUCUUCUAGCAUCAAAGUAAACCUAUGUCGUUAAAGUUUAAGGAUUAAAUUAUUACAUAUUUGAAAGUAAGGACUACAUCAUUAUCAAUCAAAGUUAGAGAGACAAAAUUGUUACUUUACGAAAGUUCAAGGAUGGAAAGUGUUUUUUAUUCAAGAAUUACCCAAAUGUUUGGACCAUUUAUUAAGAAAAUUGUUAGAAUUACCCAAAAGUUUCCAUCUUUAAAAACUAGCACUCUUUUUGGAAAAAUUUGGGAAGAUUAAGUAAAAUUUGGAAAAAGGAUGUGAAUAUCAAAACUGAUCCUAGUCAAGAUUCACCUAGAAAGGCUAAAAAAAUUGAUAAUUUGAAUAUAAGUUCAAAAUGUAAACUUUUUAUACAAAUCUCGGUGGUCGAUCUCAAUCGAGAAAAACUAUUUUAACGAAUUUUCAAAAAACACACUAGUUGUGAAAAGUGAAA